CCCGGUCCGGAGAGUAAGCGGAGAGUGAGUGUGAGGAGCAGAGCCGCGGAGCUCCAGCGCGUGGAGAGGAGAGCGGGCGGAGAGCUGAGGUCUGCCGCGCUCCGCAGCGCCCGGACCGGCUACACUUCAUCACUGAGAGCGCGCGAAGCUGCUGUUGCUGCUGCUGCUGCUUCUGCUGCUGAUCAACAGGUUUUGUCUCCCCCCACCGUCCAUCCUACUAGCCAACAGUUAUGUGGCUUCUGGAGAAGAUCCGUGGCUCCGUGGAGGGCAAUGUGCUCAGAGGGGCUGAGUCAGCAGACAAGCAACCCAGAGGGCCCACCCACAGCAAUGUGCUCACACCCGACAAGAUCCCUGACUUCUUCAUCCCUCCAAAGCUUGUGUGCUGCCCCCCAGAGGCUGACACACCAGAGAUGAAGCCAAAAAAUGGGCUCCACUCAUCCACCUCUGAACAGACCAUCUGCCGUAAGACGCCCCAGAGUGGUUCACGCAGCCCUCGGCUCAUCUGCAAGCUGGCCGGAGACACAAAGAACUUGCUCAAGGCUGCCAACCGACACAUCAUCCAGAUCGAGAGCGCCGAUGACUUGGCCGUAGGAGAAGUGGGCGACCUCACCACCAACGCUGACCCACAGUCCCAGACGGCUAUGUCCCUGCCCUAUGUUCCAAAAGCACAGACCUCGUAUGGGUUUGCUACGCUCAUGGAAAGCCCUCACACUCGCCGCAAAGAGUCCCUCUUCCACAGUGACCCCACCAGCCCCUUGACCUCACCCAACACCCAGCGCAAGACACAAUCAGGAAAUCGCCUUGACCCAAGCAACUGCAGUGGCUCGCACCCCAACCCUUAUCGCUACUUCAGCGGAGGCGAGAGUGACACCUGUUCCUCGGCCGAAUCUUCACCUUUCAACUCGCCAUUGCUGUCGCGCUCGGCCUCUCUGCUUAAGAUGUUCACCCACGAGACACAAGCAAAGGUGUCCCGGGCAAAGCGCUCAUUUGCCCGCCAUUCAUCCUUGUCCACAGAUGAGUGCAGCUCAGUGGAGACCAGCCCCAACAUCCAGAGGCGUUUCCGCUGCCCUCCUUCACCAGCCGCAGGUGGCCGCAGGGCAGGGGGUGGAAACACAGAGCGUCUCACCCAGCACACAGUGGUCCUGCACAAGGGGGGCACGCUUCGCCUUUGCACGGACUACGACACAGAGGCAGCACGUCUGCGGGUGCGUGUGCUGGCUGCUGAAGACCUCUACGACAAGCAAGUGGACGUCAAGAGCAUCAACUGCUGUGUAGCGCUCUACCUGAACCCAGGCAAGCUGCAGAAGCAGAGAAGCAACAUUAUCAAGAACAGUCGCAACCCCGUCUUCAACGAAGACUUCUUCUUCGACUCCCUGCCGGCCUCUCAGGUGAAGGACCUGGCCAUCAAGAUGAAGGUGGUGAACAAGGGCACUAGCCUGAAGAGGGACACAUUGCUUGGGGAGCGAGAGGUGCCCCUGAAGGAGCUGCUUACAGGAUUCUAGCACGCACCAGCUUUUCCGACACGAGUGGAGUUAUGAAAUGUCAGACAUUUGGGUGCAAGACCGCACUCGAAACUCUUUUCUCCUGUGUAACUUCCUAUGUAUGUAUAUGCUACCCCUACCUAGUACCUGCUCUGCUCAGGGAGCAGUUGCAACGUGCCACAUGCAGUAGGUGCACUUUGUAGGUAUACAGCUAUUGACUGUAUACAUAUAUGAUGCUGUGUAGUUUAUCAGCCCAACUUCUACACCAACCAUCAAAGGACAAAGAUGACCAUGUGACCUUCAGUGACUGUUAUUUGUGAUUAUUAUUUUUAUUUGGGUAUUUGAACAUUCUUAGCAGCGCAAAAGAGACAUGGGAGUGUGAAGUUCUUUAAUUCCUGUCCCGAAGAUUCCAGUUCCAGCAUAGUUCAGAGUUCGUAGCUCACUCAGACACACCUAAAUCAACCUGAAUUUGAACAGGGACCAUCCAACAGCCCUCCAACAAUGGAAUUGAUUACAUGUGGUAGUGGCAUGUAAGGCAGUGUUUAAACUGCAGGCAAAUCAAAUUUAUUUCUCAAAUCAGAUAUGUUUAGAUGACUGCCCACACUGUUGUUUGAAUGUGAUCAGAUCAGAUUUGUGUCGUGACAUUUGGUGCUUUUCUUAGACUUUCAUCACUUCUGUCACUCUGGAUUUGAUGAGGUUGUGGUUUGUUGUGUUGUGAAUGACGUUAAAGACUUAAGAUUUAAAGUCCUUUUUGAGGAUCCAUAGCCUCCUGACUGAGAAGAAUCUGUACAAAUCCGAUUGUAAUAACAUUUCAAACCAUCUUUAAAAGUUCAGAAUUCCUAAAAUUUAAUAUUUCAUGGCAAUCCAGACUAAGAAAUGUCAAUCUGGAUGCAGUCUACAUAUGCCAAAAAUUUGAUUUGAACUGGCAGUCUUAACAUUGCCUUAGUGGACAGGUAUGGAGGCUGGCAAAUUGUGCACAGCUAUAAAGCACAGCUCUACUUUAUGUACUUGUUGUAGUUGUACAUGAUAAAAUGGAGAGGAAAUGAGUAUAGGUUUAAGUUACUCAAGUAACUGGUUCAUAUAACAUCAUAUAUGAAGGAUUUGGCAUCCAAGUUGGCACCCCAGCCUCCUCCCAGUUUCAGUGCCCUAUCUCCUGGUUGUUCCUAAACAUAAAUGGGAAUUCAACCAUUGCUCUUCAGAUCCCAACCACAUGUUGAAGUUAUGGAACUUUGCAGAAAGUUGUACUACAGUAGGCUUGACCCUGGGUAAACAAAGUUGUUUACUUUCCUUAUUUCCUUCCUGCUGCAAGAGGUCACCUUUCCAGUUUGCGGACAGAGAUUGUGUUAGCAGGAAAGCUUCAGUGGGUGGAUGUCUUUGCGUGAAUGUACAGGGUGUGUAUCAAUGUUUGAAUACCUUUGUAAAUAGAGGCUGUAACAGUAAGUGUGCUUUUAUAAGUGUGUGUGUUUGCGUGAGUUCCCCCUUUUUAUGGUCUACGUUAGACGUUGGGUUUGUGUGUAAAAGGAGCUCCUCUGGAUCACUAUGGAUACUCACAUCCGAAGACACGUCUGUACAGCUGGUGCAGCGGCUCUGUACCCUGCACAUGUACAAAGAGGCUUUGAAGUGCUGUAACAACAGAUCCAAAUGCAUGCUUCAUCCCUGGGCUGAAAUGCUGAACUUGCGUGCGUAAACAAGACUGUAUUUUUGGUAUCACCAUACUGCCAGCCUUGCCCUGUGAGCCUCUUCUUAGACUUUAUCACUGGAGCAUGUGAGUGAUCGUGGCAUUGAAUUGUUCCAGCUUUUAGGGUUUCUGUUCUUUGUUGAUUAUUCUAAUUCUGACUAUUUCAGCCGAGCAUUUUUAUGGGAUGAAAUCACCCUUCAGCCUUAUGAUGAAAAUACACAUAUCGACCAAUGCGAGACUUUACAGGUUGUACACCUUUCCCAGAUAGCAUAAAGAUUUGUCCUGAGACUCUGCAUAUACACUGUAACCUGGAUGAUGACACAAGCGGCAUGGCCCGAUUGCUGUAUUAUAGUUGACAACCAUGGUGUUGACCCAUGUGGUGCACCCGAUUUACGUAUAAUACUGAGCGACCGGGGUGUUGACCCAUGUGGUGCAGCAUGAUUGACGUAUUAUACUCAGCAACCGGGGUGUUGACCCAUGUGUUGCAGCCCGAUUGACGUAUUAUACUUAGCAACCAGGGUGUUGACCCAUGCGGUGCACCCGAUUGACGUACAGUAUUAUACUCAGCAACUGGGGUUGCAGAUCUGAGUUGAGCAUUUGGGCCAGGAUUGGACCUAGAUUUAAACCGAAGCCCUGAGUUGCAUCAGCCUGGCUCUUUAAAUCUGGGCCAGAUCCUGGCCCAAAUGUAAAAGUCUCAAGUGAUUACUGCUGUCUGGGUUAAAUAUGACUUGUUGACAACAGGGGUCACCACUUAUCCCCAAAAGACCAGCCUGAUUGCAAGCUUUCGUUCCAACCAUGCAAGGUGCUGCUUGGUUUGAAUGAAAACCCUCAGCCGGAGCAGACUGUUGCUGUAAAUACUGAGCUACCCAUGGUGUACAUUUCUAUGUUGGUACUUCAAUGGACCUAUACUUGAGUAUUUGCACAAUGUCUUGGCAUGUUUGUAGAAAUUUGUGUGUAUAGCUGAGGCGUAUCUGUACAGAUCUGUUUUUUUUUCUGGUCUGAUCAGAUGAUGAAUAUAUUAUAUAGCAGCAACUCAACGGCUAUUGGUUAAAACUGUGUUCAGUAAAGUAAACAUUUGUAUUAGUGUUUUAUACGGCCAGUUUUCCUUGCCAAAAACUACAUAUUUACAGUGUAGCCAGUUUUCUACUUCAUAACAUCAUAAGAACAUUGGUAUAAUGGGCUGAAAAUGGCCAAGGCUCCUUGUAGGGCCACUUAUUUCUCAUUGAUUCAGAAAGAGUCUUCACUGAGAGCCUUGAGAGCUCUCUAAUGAAAUUAGCGUUUGAAUGUCUCAACAGUAGAGCACAGAGGGAAGCUAACAGACUUUGUGGCCUGUCAAGAGUGAAUGGCAAGUCGGUUGUGCACUUUGUUUGCUUUGGUUAAUACAUCAGGAUUUUCUUAACAUUGCCUAAUGAUUUUGGCUUUUUGUAGCUCAUAAAAAAGUGAAGUAAUAUGAUAGGAUAUAAUAAAGAACUGGAAAAAAAAAAGCUGGGAAAAGGAAAACCAAAAGUAAAAACACGAUUGAAACAUGAUCCCUUCAGCAUCUCUAUUGUUACUGUGCGAAUGCUUUAGAGAUCAGGUUCCACUAUUGGUACGAGAUAAAGAACCCUUAUUGGACGUUACAUAAAACAGUGAGAGUGUUUACAAGCAUUUCACAAUGAGAUUAUGAUCAGAUUACUCUAGAGUCUAGUGGCAUGUGUGCAAUAAUAAAAUAUUUUUAUCUCGGUAAACAAUAUGAUGGAUAACAAGUAAAGUCAAUUUAAAUCUCUGGCUAAAACCCCAUUUUUAGCCCAGGUCUAUAACAUCUGGACCCUUGCAGAUCCUGCUGUAUGUAGAAGGCAGGGGGCUGGAAGCUGGUGAUUGGUUGAAACAUGAGUGAAAUGCAUUUGAGAACUUGUUCCAGUGCUUUCAUUUAUCGUAUAACUCAAGUAGUUGUGUAAACAGCAUUCCCCGAUUUUCCCCAAAUUUUAGGAAUCGUAUUUUUCGGUGCAUUCUGGGAUUUUCAGAGUCUGUACAUGCAUGAAAACAGACCUUGGUACUGGAAAUAAGCGAGCAGUGUUAACAAGCAUUGCUGAAACGUAAGCAUUUAAGUAAUUAUCUUCUAGCUGAUGUAGAUUAAAAAAUCUGCAACAUAAAGUCUGGUUGCAAAGAAGAAUCUAAUUAUUGACCAACUCUUGUAAACUUGAGUUUACAAGCAUGUAAAUGCACUCACUGUUUAAAAUUAGUUUUGAGUUUGGAGUAAGAAGAACAGUAGAAUAACUACUUUUGGACCCCUGAUGAAAUUUUCAGUGGGUUUUUCAAUGUUUAUUUUUUUUGUUUGUUUUUUUGGUUUGUUGGUUGUUUUUUAUUUUUUUGUAAAUUUGAAGCACAGAAAGAAUCUUCUUAAAGAGUACAAAACCUCACCCACAUAAUUAGAGAUUUGUACCAAUCAAUGACUCUUCCUGGAACUGCACUUUUGAAGCAAGAACUAUAGUUGAACCUUUAGAAGGAACUAUUUCUUGCGCUACCAAGAACUAAUCAGGAGUGCUUGGGCACCAUGUCAAAAUAACGGAAAGCAUAAAUGUAGGGAAAGUGAGUGAAUUAGUCACCCUCCUUGCUUACCCAUGCUCUCUUAAGUACACCACGCAGGGUCCAUUUUAAACCCAUUUCCUGCGCUCUCCGCUUGAAAUGUUUCCUAGUACAUAGAUGGGCUGGGUUAUGUAUUUCCAGCUCUAUUUUGGGUGCUCGUUUAAAGCAGUCAAAUUGCAGGUAUUAGAUUUCCUAUUAGCUCUGUUAAAAGAGCCGAGGCUCCCCUUUUCUUCUCGUGAACAGGGGAAAGUGCAAUUACACAGGAAGGGGAACGACUUUAUGACUUUUGAUUGGCAGAAAUCCCUCAGAUUAAAAGGCUGAAAGGAGGGCCGGCUCACGCUGGAAGUGAAAAAAGAGCUGAAAGCGGGGGUGUCGGAUUGAUAUUCAUUUCAAUAUCCAUGUUUCUGUGGACGAGAUUAAAGCUUCUUGCACUUGUGUUCAGAAUUAAUGAAAUAUGAAGUGCCUAUCCAUUGAACUUGAUGCCUGUCCUUUCGUCCAUCACGAGGUAGGCCUGCGUGAGCGACCCGUUUCUUCCCUACUGCAUGUGUGUGUGUGUGUGUGUAGGCAUUAUCCAUGAUACCUUAAUUCAAGUGGAAAUAGACGUGUUGUAAAUGGAGUUUUUGAAUCGUGUGGGUGUUUCUAUAUUUUUCAGGUUUGAAGGUAGACGUUAUUGGUUUCGAGUGGAUGGGUUUGUCAUCGUGGCCUUUUAUUGUUGAUUUCGGCCCAGCACAGAUUCCAGCAGUGACUUCAUCCUUUGAAGCUUUCGACCCCCGUCCCCUCCCACCACUCACACCUCCUUUUUCACUCCCAAUUUUGCAUCGACCCUCCAAACCCAAAGCGAAACAUGAUAUUGACUUGUCUAUUUUUGGUGCCUCGUUCAAUAAAAGUUGUGUAGAUGGUG